AUGAACUUCGAGGGUGUCCCGAGCGGACCGGCCCUUCGGGCGGGGCGUUUGCUCCUGAGCGAGGCCGGCAUCAGCGCCUCGAACGGGCACGCGGGCGCCGGAAGCAGGCCGAGCAGGGUGCGGAAGGGGCGGCGGGAGUGGCAGGUAGCCGCGAUGGCGGUCGCGAAGAAGGCGGCGACUAAGCAGCCGGUGCGUCUGUACGCGAAGGGCGUCAUUCUGGGCUACAAGAGGAACCUCGCCUUCGCUUCCUCUCCCUCGUCUGUCUUCGCUGCCGUGUGGGCCGCGGUGCGGAGGCCGGGGGAGCGCGGCGGCAGGGAGGGCGUGCCCACGCCCCACAGGAGCAAGUCCAACGUAUACCCGAACACGACGCUUCUCAAGGUGGACGGCGUGCGGACGCGGGACGACUGCACGUAUUACCUCGGCAAGCGCGUCGCGUACGUCUACAAGGCGAAGAAGGAGGUCAAGAACUCGAAGUACCGCGUGAUGUGGGGCAAGAUCCGCCGUCCGCACGGGAAUUCUGGCGUGUUCCGUGCGAAGUUCAAGAAG